UUUUGUGUUGAGACGAAGCGUCCUCGUCGAAGGAUCUGAAUUUUAUGCCAAUUCAUUGCUGAAUUGGCAAGAACAGCAAUCGGUCGGUUCGAUGCACACUUUUAAGUGUUUCGUAAAGCCAGCAAGUGACCGGAGAUUGGUUGUGAGACCAAAUCUGUCUCGCCUCGUGUGUCGUUCUGGCGCCGACGAUGCUCGAGUGUUAUCGUGCAGCUUAACGCUUUUCUGGGUAAAAUUUAUAGAAUUCAGAUUUCGUGAGUGA